AUGGACCACCUUUUACUUGUUGGAACAGGUUCUGCUCGUCCCGUUCUUAAUCGAUGCACCAGUUCCACCGUUUUAUACACGAAUAAAGGAAAAGACCUAUUUAUGUUUGAUUGUGGUGAUGGUGUUACUUAUUUACUUGCACAAAUGAAAGUCCCAGCACAGCGCAUUCGUAUUCUAUUUAUUACACACUCACAUAUCGACCAUGUUGGAGGAAUAGUCUCUUUCAUCCACUCGGUAGUCUUUGCAACACCACAGCAAUUAACUAUAGUCGCACCAAAAGGGACAAAGGAGUUAGCUGAACAAGCAUUCAAAUUUUCUCGAGAGGAAUUUCCAAAGACAAUCACCUUUAUCGAUUACGACGAUGUCAACCCUACUAAAGUCUCGUACAAGAACUGUGACUUCACAUGUGUCCCCAUACCCCAUAUGCCUGAUGUACCCGGCCAUGCCAUUCUAUGUCAACUGCAUUACGAAAGAAAAGAAGAUAAGACUUUAGUAGUAACGGGAGACACUACAUCAAUGAGUCCUAUGACUACCUACAUCUUAGAAAAUCACAUCCAAGUGAAUGUAAUCGUCCAUGAAUGUACGUUCGACGACGACUUGAAAGACAAAUCAAAGCAAUGGGGCCACUCCUGUCCUGAAAUCGUCUCAGAAGAGAUCAAAAAGUUCGUUCCAAAGAAGUGUAUCCUCCAUCACUUCAGUUCACGAUAUUCACAGAGUUAUGUGCAAAGAAUGGCAGAAAAAGUAAAGAACACAACAGGCGUAGAGACUUUUGUUGCUAAAGAUGGGAUGAUUGUUGUGUUCUAA